AUGAAGCAUAUAGCUCUUUUCCUCGUAGCCCAGCUCGCCUCCCUCCUCUCAUUGGCCGCCGCCGAUUGGACGAAGACCAAAUGGGAUGCCAUAGUUGUCGGCGCAGGCCCAGCUGUUGCCACGCGCCUUGCCGAAGCCAAGCUCAAUACCCUCCUGCUCGAGGGUGGCGGCCCCUCAUACGGCGUCACGGGUGGAAACCUCUCCUCCCGCCGCCCGUCUUGGCUUAACAACACAAACCUAACCCGCGUCGAUGUCCCCGGCCUCUACAGCUCCAUCUUCGGAGACGGCGGCGGCCUCAUCUGCAGCGGCACCAUCAACGCCUAUGGCGGGUGCACUAUCGGCGGCGGCUCCGCCAUCAAUGCAGGCCUGUACUUCGAGCCGCCUUCCAGCGAUUGGGACUCGUUCUUCCCCGCCGGCUGGAAGGCAGCCGACAUGGGCGGAGCGAUUAAUCGGGUGAAAGCGCGCGCUCCAUCUACAGACACGCCAUCUGCCGAUGGGAAGCAGUACCUGCAAUCCGGCUACAACAUCGCAAGGCGCUGGAUAGUCGACAGCCUCGGCUUCGCCGACGUCAAGAUCAACGAGAACAAAGACAACAAACACGACGUCUUCGGACGCCCAGUAUACGGAUACAAGAACGGCCAGCGAGCCGGCCCCGUCCCAACCUACCUCCAAGACGCCCUCAAGCUCCCCAACUUCCACCUCCAAAGCGGCACUCGCGCCGUGCGCGUGCAACGCACCGGCACCUCAGCAACAGGCGUCUGGAUCCACCUCAACGGCAUCGAGACCCUCAUCCCCCUCUCCAACACCGGCCGCGUCAUCAUCAGCGCCGGCGCCAUCGCCACCCCCGCCCUCCUAAUGUUCUCCGGCAUCGGCCCCGCCGCGUCCCUCACCCGCCUCUCCGCCGCCGGUAAACUCGGCAACCUCACGCACGGAGACUGGAUAUCCAACGCUGCCGUAGGCGCAAACCUUUUCGACAACCCGAAUACAUUCAUCGAGCUGUCCAGCCCGAGUAUCACCGCCUUCGGACCGUCUUAUAGCAACCCCGCACCCGCGGACUCGGCGCUUUACCUAGCGCACCGCUCUGGGCCGUACGCUUCUGCGGGUCAGACAUCUGUUUUCUUCUCCCGCGCCGCCCAGCCUGAUGGCCGUAUUGUUGGGUUCCAAGGCACGAUCGGCACGGGGGGGUACGCGGAUUAUACGUCUGCUACUACCAUCACGCUUAACAUCUACGGCACCUCUGGUCUCGCGUCGCGCGGCUCGGUGGUGCUCGAUGGGAAGUUCAUCCCCGGUCCGGACGGGAACGUGUAUUACUCCUCCGCCCCGGACGCUCGCGCCAUCGCCAGCUUCAUCAAGCGGAUCUUCGCAGCGCUGCCGGCGGAUGUGAAGACGUUGAAUUUAGAGCGCGAUGCCAGCGUGGCGAGGAUAGAGCAGUAUAUCACCACGCCGUCGGCGUAUGCGAGGGGGCAGGUGAAUCAUUGGAGUGGGAGUUGUAAGAUUGGGAAGUGUGUGGAUGACAGGGGGAGGGUGGUGGGGACGGGGAAUGUGUGGGUUGCUGAUGCGAGUUUAUUGGAGCCGUUGAGUGUUAAUCCGAUGUUUGGGGUUAUGGUGGUGGGGGAGAAGGUGGCGGAGUUGAUUUUGAAGGGGGUGGGUAAGUGAGGGGGAGUGGUGAUUUUGGGUGAGGGCAUAGCGAUGGGCGUACUAUUGGAAGGGAAGAUGGAGUUGGAA